CGAGGAGGUCUUCCAUGUAACUGAUAGCAACGAUCGCGAGUGUGGCCAAGUUUAUUGCAAUAGGUGCAAUGAGGACGUUGGCCUCUACCUCGGGUACCACUGCGUCCUCCUCGAGAGGUAGUUUGAGAAACUAACACAGAAGAAUCUGAAGCGCUAUCAGAUGGCAAAGUCUGAGUGGACGAGAUACGGAGGAGGCGAGCAAACACAUCAUCCAAGGACGGAACUGAUGAACUACCAAGAAUCUGAUCACGAAUAGGCUCAAGAUCCGGACGGAGGCCAAUAAGAGUAAGGACCAUGAAGAACUUGUCAAGCUGUGUUUGUUGUGCCCCAACAUCAGGAGUAAGAGGCAUCACAGUCAAGAACUGCUCCUUAAGAGAGGCAAUCUGACCAAUAUAAGUAGAUAGAUCCAAGUCCUGUUGGCUGAUAUGGACAAUAGCAGAAGCCACCUUAUAAAGACGCUGGAUAUCAUUCGUGUAUAAUCCUUUGGCCUGAGUCCAAAAUUUAAAACAAGUUUUAUAGGCCUGAAGAUGAAGAAGAAUCCUGGGAUCAACCGAUUGCUAUAAUACACUACAUAACUGUGCAUCUAUCUUCCUCCACUGUACGCGGUCAAUCUCAGGGAUAUCUGCCUCCUGGGUAACCAAGUGAUCCUCAUAUCCUUGACCCAUAAACCAAAGUUCAACAGAGGCAGACCAGGAGAGAUAAUUCUCACUGCCAACCAAUUUCUCUGAGGUAAUCAUAGGAGAUCCAGAGAUAACAAAGGUAAAGAUCUGAUUUUUGGUGGUCAUAUUCACAUAUUUGGAUCGAAGAGAGCCCUAAGACGGGUUCAGAUUUCGGCGGAGAGAGAAAAAACAGUGAAACCACGGCUGUGAGAGGUGCAAUCAAUGGAGAAAAAAAGGUCGUGACAUGCCUGGAGAGGAAGAGAAGCAGCACCCAAGCCUCGGAGAUGGAGGGGGAGCCCUGUCGGAGGUGGCCGGAAUGGCAAGAAAGCCAAAAACAGGGAAAAAAUGGAGAUGCAGGGCUCGGGGAGGACUGCCGGAGGGCUAGAAGGCCAAGAUGGCGCCGGACGAGCCUGGAGAGGUGUCGGAAGUGGCCGGAAAGUGAGCCACGCGCCGUCACGCGCCGGCGCGUGGGGGCGCGUGAGAGGCCGGUUUCCGGUGGGGUUUCCACUGGCGUGUAGAUCAGCCUCCGACGUUUCGGAAUAUGUGGUCGUUACCCGGAAAAUAGGUCGCCGGAAAAUUUCGCCGGAAAAGGGUGCCGGCGUGGUGGAGAUCCGACGGCGAUGAGGUUGUCCGGAGUGGUUCGGGAAGAGAAUGAGGGGACCGGAGUGAAACACGGUCACUGGACAGUUCACCGGAAUUGAUUACACGGCUAAACCGAAAAAAAAAAAAUUAGGUUUUCUCCUUUGGCUCUGAUACCAUGUUGAGAGAGAGAGAGAGAGAAAAACCUUAUUCUCAUUCAUGUAUUGUCUAUUUACAAUUGAGAGAUAUAUAUAUACAAGGAUAGGAGUCCUAACUACCAUACAUGUGACCUAUAUUAACAAGGAAAGAUAAUAUACUAUAAAUACAUUAUAUUCAACACUCUUAGUUCCAGGCUUACCAAUCUCUGUCUCAUUUUUGUGUCAAAAUUCAUAGGAUCUGAUUUAGCUUCUCCCCUCAAGCAAUGCUAACCACCACCUUACAAAAGACCAAAAUUUCAAUGAUUUCUUUCUUUACUAUUAUUUUACUGGUGCCAACUUUCCUGAACCCUCUUCAUUCCAGAUUCUCCAAACUUCACAAGUUCUCACUGAGAUUUAGGAUUAUGAAUCUUGCUGGAGAUCCCUUAAAGCAAGCAAUGGUCUACCAAAAUCCACAGCAUCAGUAUUCUGUGGGUGAUAAAGGAUUCAUUAUGAAACUUGCUGGGUCCCUUGGAUAUUGUGAUAAAUGAAAGAUUCAUUGUAUCGUUCAUCAACAUGUAUUGUUCAACGCAGGUCUUGGACUCUUAAGUUUGUUGUGGUUUAAUGUAGAGACUUGACAUUUGGAAAGGGUGAAGCAUCGUUAAUCAGCCCCGUCUACCACCCCUUUUCCUUAAAUUCUAAGGAUGAGGAUAAAAGAGAAGAUAAAAAGACUGAGAAGAAGCAUGAGAUUUGCACAUGGCAAGCUGGUCCUAUCAGGUUUAAGAAUAGUGAGUUUUCCUUUUAUAACCACUUUAAUCAACACUUGAACUCAUAGGUUGCUCUUUUAAGGGCCUUUCCUUUUCCUCAGAUGGGAAAUCUCCAAGAAUAUCAUUCUUCUGUGAAUCUAAGCUCUCAAGAGCUUCUAUUUUUUUUUUGUUGGUCUAAAACAGGUCUGGUUGUUCCACAAUUGCAGUGAACUCCAUCUUGAGUUGUAGAAUCACUAAUGCCUGGGAAAUUACUGAGAACUUCUGUCUGAGUACCAUUCCAUUUUCAACCUUUUAGAACAAAGAGGCUGUUUAGUUUGAUUGUUAUUUUCAAUCUUCCUCUGUGAAACCAUUAAAAUGUCUUAUCUUUUAGCUUGUAAUUUGGUUGAUGUAAUGCCUUCUCAUUUCCCGUUUUUCAUAUAGAAUUAAAAGAGGUCUGGCAUCAAAAAGCUAAAAUGCCAGCUCAAAAAGAUGCAUCUUCACAUACUCUCUGAGUCAGCUUAAAGAAAGAAGUAACAUAUGGUGCCUGUUAGGAUUGAAUAAUUGAACUGCUGACCAAAUAUAUAAUACAUAUGUAUAUGUGUCUAACUGUAUUUAACCAAAUACACCUUUCUUGUGAUAUCUUGGGGAAUUGAACAAAAGAAGAAUAGGUCCUUCUUACCAUAGCUUUUCAGAAAUGGCCGAACACAUCAUCUCAGACUGUUUUUAAAUAAAGUCAUUUUUUCAAAAAGCUCAUAACUGCGCCUUUAUUCAUGUUGAUGAGCAAUGGACGAGUCAUCAACUAGAACUUGAAGAUUCACACCCACUAUUUCUAUCCCUUUAAAUGCACCUGUAUUUUGCAGGUUUUGAUUAACCUCAAAGCGUUUCUUCAAUCUCUUGAAAGUAGAGUGUUCCAGACUUACGUGUUGCAGAUAACUGACAAGGCAGCUGGAGAUACAGAUACUGAAUUGCGGCACUUCUAACAAUAUGAAGAACCAACUCCAAGAACACAUUAUUGGAAUCCCAGUCAGCUGCCAAUAUGAUAAGCCAUCUCCUUCAAAUGUAUCUGGGGCAAUCAUCCCAAAAAAAAUGAAUUCAAUGAAUUAUAGGAUGAACAACAACAGGAAGAAGGCAGACAAUUUUGUGGAUGGAGUCCGAGAGCAUGUGAGAUUAGGGCUUAAGUUCUCUGAAACUGUGAAGGGAAAGUUGAGCUUGGGGGCUAGGAUUCUUCAACUUGGGGGAGUGAAGAGAGUUUUCAGGCAAAAUUUUGGUGCUAGAGAAGGAGAAAAGCUAUUGAAGGUUUCCCAAUGCUAUUUAUCGACAACAGCAGGCCCUAUAGCUGGCCUCCUCUUUAUCUCCACUCAAAGAGUUGCCUUUUGUAGUGAAAGAUCAAUCAAAUUUUCUUCUCCAAAUGGUGAAUUAGUUGGAAUCCAUUAUAAGGUCUCUAUCCCACUAAGAAAGAUAAAGAGGGCCAACCAAAGCGAGAAUAUGAAAAAGCCAUCUCAGAAGUACAUGGAAAUUGUUACUAUGGAUAACUUUGAGUUCUGGUUUAUGGGAUUCUUGAAUUACCAGAAAGCUUUCAGCUAUCUUCAACAGGCAAUCUCUCAAGUGCAGAAUCCAGUCCAAGGUGAUUCAAUCCAAUAAGUUCUUCCCUCCUGCUUCAACAAAUGUAUUUACACAAACCUGAUAAAGCUCUGCACAGUUGAAGGCUUUGUACAAAUAUUUUUUUUUGUUAAUGAGAAAUGAUCUUCAAUUCUUCAA